UGAAUUCUCAAACAAAAUAAAAAAGUGUAAUUAAUAUUGAACACCGAACAACAUCAGCGACAAACAUAUUCGUGUCGCAUCGUGAAAGUGUGACAAAUAACAAGCAAUGCCUUUCAAAUGGAGCCCCCCACAACGUAAGAAACUUACCAAGGGGGGCUCCGAAGCAUUGCUCACUUCAAGCUCAUCUUUAACGUCAAAUACUUCGAAUGUAAAAAAGACCACCAACGCAACAAACAACACGCAACAGUACUUUGACGACAAUUACUUACAACUGAAGCAACAACAACAACAACACAACUCAGUACCACUAAAACUUGGCAACACGAAAUUUGCACUGAAGCGUGCAACAUUAACCGAUUCUAGUGCCAGCAGCUCAAUGCAAUCGUUAUGCUCAACGAAUUCCACAAAACUAGCCGAUGUGAAACGUGAAAAGGAUGAUGAAUAUGAAUUAUUGCAGAAAAUAGGUCACCAUUAUAACAAUUAUCAUCACACACAUUCUAGUGUGUUUGGACGAGGAGGUAGCAGUACCAGUUCGAAUGAGAGCUAUAGCGGCAGCAAUAGGUUCGGCGGUAGUUCGACGUCGAAACGUGGCAAGAAACAAAUGUGGGGUUCCCGUGAACGCGCAGGCAUGAGUUUUUUAAUUGUUAUCGCAUUCUUUGCCGUCUUCGGAUUGAUUGUACUGAUGGAGCUGUUCAUGAUCGACGACCGUUCGCACACCGGGAUGAUGGCGUUGCGCCAUGGCAAUAACUUUGGCUCACGUUCGGGUGAUUCAAUGCCGGAUUAUGAUAAUGUGAAGGAUGACUACGAUUUACUAGAUGAAAAUCUACUGACCGAUAGUAAAUUAGGAUUUGUACAGUUUCGUGAUAAUAAAUUAAAAAUUCAAGACGCUGAUGGCGAUGGAAAUGGACGUGUGGCCGGCGCACUACUCAAUGCCGGCAGUGUCUUGGCCCAGCCACAACGCGGUGCGGCCAACGCUGAUGGUGUUAGUGCGGUGGGAGCUGCACGACCAGCCGGCAUGGGUACACCCAUUAUACCCUGGGGUAAAAUAUUACCCGCCAAAGUGGAGGAGACAUUGCCACACUUUCCGAUUGGCGUGCAGCCAAAUGAUGGCGCUUGGCAAGUUGUCAACGGCACACGCUUCAAGUUCUUCGUCUUUUCGGCCUAUUAUGAUCGACGUGAUGGCGCGAAAUUGGUGCGCGUCAUAGGCGCGACCAAGACACGUACACCGGAGCGGGUGUGGUGUCGCUUUUGGUAUCCACAGCAGACGCAGCAGCAACAGUCACAGCAACAACAGCAGCCACAGCAUACGUCGUCGUAUACAUCGGCGACUGUGAUGGCGCGCGUGAAGGUUAUACGCGAAAAUUGGAACCUCAAAUACAGCGCCGUCUUUGUGCUCUGUCCGGUGCGACCCGCCGAGCUGGAAGUGCCGCAUUAUGUAAGCAUUGUGGCACGUUUACGCGCCCCACCGGGUAAUCUCCUACAAUUGCGCAACACCGAUUGGGAUCCUGACUUUGCGCAUCUCCGCAAACUACCGGUCGCUGCGGCGAAUAGCAGCGUCAGUGCUGCGCAAACUAAUGCAUCCGCGGCACAGCAUUUGCGUCAACGCCAACAACCACAAUAUCAUCGGCCUGUUACAAUGUCACCGGCGGCCGGUGCACAAUAUUUGCCAUUCGGUUUGCCCACCGAUGAACAGAUACCGGAUAAAAUCGCUGUCUGCGUGAAACCCUUCCAUUUCAAUUAUGAUCAGGCAUUGUAUCUAAUGGAAUUUCUGGAGUUCUACGCUCUCAUGGGUGUUGCUCAUUUCACAUUCUACAAUCACACUUUGGGUCCGCACGCCACUUGCGUGCUGCAACACUACAUUGACGGCGAUAUACCGAACACUUCGACAGCAUGGGAUGUGGAUUUGGCGGAAGUGAUGGGCAAAGGUGUUACACUAAUGGGACACGAUGCAGCUAAAGUGGACGCUGUGCUUAGUGGUUACUAUAAUCUUAAUAGCAACAACAAUUACAACAAAGACAACGAUGGCAACAAUUUUAACCGCAAAAUCAACAAUAAGAGAGAGCAUGCUGGCAAUCAAACGGGUGUGGCAAAUUCAGAAACGACACAACAAACACAAAAACAACAAACAAUAGCAACAACGCUUGAAAGAGAAGUAACCGGUGCAUUACAACCACCACCACCACCGCCACCAGCACCAGCAGAAGCACAGCAGCAACAGCAGGCAAAACCACCGUUACAAACAACAUUGCCACCGGUGAAGCGUUAUAAAAGUACACAGUACGCAAAGCCGACAAUUAAUAUUCUGCCAUGGAAUUUGCGUAUGCGUUCGCAAAAGGAAAUACGCACCGAGGGGCUUUUUGCGGCACUCAACGAUUGCCUCUAUCGUACAAUGCAUCGCUACCGAUAUUUAGCGAUGGUGGAUUUGGAUGAAUUCAUUGUGCCGCGCCACAACGACACGCUCAACGAAUUAAUUAACUCCCUUAAUCAUCGCUUCCGUUAUCGCAAUCUCGGCGCUUACUCCUUUCAAAAUGCCUUCUUCUAUCUACAAUUCCCCGAUGAUCCACUGGUGACACUGGCACACUCACAACCGCAGCAACAGCACAGUCGGGAGCAACAGCCGUACGCGCACACAAACCCAGGCUUACGCGCCUCAUUGGUGACACAACGAAAGACACGCAGACGGCUCAAACUUCAUCCUCAAAAGCAACGUUCUAAAUAUAUUUGUAAGCCAGAGUCGGUUAUCGAAGCUGGCAACCACUUCGUUUGGGAAUUUUCGCCAGCAAAAGGAUCGCUAAAUGUACCACCAACAGACGGUAUAUUGCAACAUUAUCGUGUCUGCGAAUUUGGCGGCAACGAUUGCAUUAAAACACCCUCGGUGGUGGAUCGUACGGCUACCAAGUACGUCAAUCGUUUGGUGGAACGAGUUGAGCUGGUUUACAAGCAUUUGAAGCAACGUUGCGAUCUGCCGCCACUACCGAACGAACCACCUGCGGAACAGCAACAACAACCACAAUCACAACAACAACAACGAAAGCAGCAAUCACAAAGUACAGGUGAGUUGUUUAAGGCAGACGUGAGCGCUAAAGGUUUAGAUAGUAAAACGAACAAUAAUAACAAUAAUAAUAACAACAGUCAUGGCGUAAGUAAGAAACGCGCAGCGCAUCAAAGCGAUGACGAGCGUAUAAAAACAUUAGCCAAUGUCAAAUCGAAACGUGACAACGAUCGUGAAAAUAACAGUAAUUUUAGAAACAGCGGAACAACGAUACACAAAACAGCAGCGUUAAAUAAUCUCAACAGCAUCGAUCCGACGCCCAGUGCCGUACAAAUGGAGUACAAAGUGAAGCGAAAGAAACGCAAAGUUGUUGUCUUCGAGCAGGACGAAGACGGUUUGCCGAUAGCGCGGCUCGAGUAUGUGGAUGAAUAAAGCGGGGGCGAAGCAUAGCACAAAUUUUAUGGAGCAAAUUGGUUGUUUUUAAAUGAGCAAAAAAAUAAAUUGUGAAACACAGGGUGGUAUAUAUAAAGCAAAAAUAAUUUAUUUUAAUCAAAUUUAAAUUGGCGCCUGUUAAAAGUUUUAGCGCUUAAGAGUAACGCUGAGAGUUUGCAAUUAGUUUUUUAAGGCAAUAUAGCGCAACUAGUACUUAAGUCUUAUUAAUCAAUUUAUUUUUAAGAAAAGUACAAUAUAUUAGAUUUUAUAUUGAAAUUUAUUUAGAAAUACAGAGAAAUUUAAUUGCAGCAGGAAAAUAUGU